GUGUAACGUUUUUUUUUUUAAAUGUUUGUAGUUUUUUCUCAUAAUAAUAGUUAUCUUACUGAAAUAUGAUUUUUUAAUACGUUUGAUUUGCGACAUUAUUAUCGGUCGUUUCGGUAUUACGCUGCGUUAAGGAUAAUAAUACACAUUGUGUAAGCGUAUAGUUUAAAUGAUAUAAAAUAAUUAAAAUACCGAGAUUUACAUUUUAAAAUGUCAAAUUAUUCAAAUAUUCCAAACUUGCCUACGUAUUCUCAAUUCCGAGCCACGGAAACUUGGCAAAUAUUAGUUGACCAUUUUAGAAGUGGUAUGCCGUUAAAAUCGCAUCGGUACCAGCUUUGGUUUAGAGACAACUGUUUCACAGGAUUUGAAGCAGUUGAUUGGAUGUAUAAUGAAGCGUCUUCUGGGAAAUUACAAUAUUUAUUUAAUAAAGGAGUUACACGUCAACAAAUUGUAGCAUUAAUGAAUAAGUUUUAUGAAGCUGAAAUUUUUAAAGCUGUUAGUACAACAUCAACAAAGUUUAAGGAUAAGUCAGAAUUAUAUGAAUUUGCAUUACCAAAGAAUAUGAAUAAAACAAUUAGCAAAGGAUCUGUAUUAUCAUCAUUAAAUGUAUUCCUCACGAAUAAACCACAAUCGUUAUCUCCUCAACCUAAAAAAAGUGAAAAAGUUAUUAGUAGUCAUAGAAUGAAGUCCUAUUCAAUGGAAAAUGUUGCAAUGAACACAUAUUUAAACGAAAACCAUAAAAUUGCUAAUUUCAUCAUACAAAAUUUACGGAAUAUACUAAAGAGUUUUAAUAUGGACGAUUUUUUAAAUACUGAAAAUUUAAAUAAGCAGUGGAUAAUCAUGAAUAUUUAUAAUCAAGAUUAUAAUGUUGAUGGCUUAUUUCCACAUUGGGUAAAGUCUGCAAUGGAUAGCUUAACAUCUGAUAUGGAAAUGAAUGAAUGCACUUAUCCUGGAUUUAAAGCAGAUGUAUAUUCUGUAAUCAAGGAUUAUUUUUUAAAUUCAGAGGAACCACUUAUUCCAAUAUCUUUUUAUGAAAUAUUUAUUUCUAUUUUAGUUGUAGUUGAAAGAUAUGAUCAUAUGUGUAAUAAGACUGUAAAACAAACCGAAAAUAAUAAUUCAACUCAAUUAUCAUCAAACAUGUGCUGGGAAUCUGAAUUUUCCACCGAUCAUUCAAAAACAUGUAUUGUUAAUAAGUGUUUUGAUAUUUCUGGACAUCAACUAUCAUCACUUUCCAGAUCUUCUGUCAGUAGUUGUAGCAGUACAUCAUUUUUUGAAUCAUGUGAAGUAGAACAAAGUAAAAUGGAACAUAAACCAUUAAAUAUUUCACAUAAAUAUUCAAAGCCGAAGUUAACUAGAACAAUCAGUUCACCAGAAAUAUCUGUAAAAUCACAAUCAUAUUAUCAAAGAAAUAUGGACAAAAUAAGGAAAAGAAAAAUGGGCCGUACCACAUCUAAUAACUCAAUUAAUCCAAAAAAUUUAGAUGAUCUUAAUGAGAGCUUUUAUUCGGAUGAGUAUGGUUUUAAAAAUAAACCAUUAGAAAAUGAUAAAUUUGUUUGUCCAUCUACUUCUGGAUAUAUCAAUUUUGGACUUUUUCAAUCUGAAAAAAUUAAUAACAAUGAUACAAAUGGUUUUGAUUUAGAUAUGGCAAUUUCUACUCUUCAUAAACUAAUUGAUAUAACACAAAUGGACCAUACACAAACCCUUAAACACCAAUCAUUCAAUGGUUUAGAUGAAAAAUCGUUACAUCUUGGAAUUCUUUUGUAUCAAUUAUUAAGUCUAUGUCUUCCACCACUGAACAGAGCAAAAUUACAAGUGUUUUUAAAAUUUGUUUCUCAUCUAUCUUCAACUUACAUCAAGAUUACCGAUCAAUUAUGUUGUGCAGUAUUGAGACAAAAUAUUAAUCAAUUUGAAUAUGAUUGUUUAGCUACUGAUGUUGUCAAAUUUUUAAUUCACAGUCAAAAAUUAAUAUUUUUACCUAUUAAAACUGAUUCAAUUUUAUCAGAAAAGUUCAAUUCUUUCAGUAAUGAUGAUAAAUUGUACAAAGAUAGUAUGCACUAUUGUCUUAGAAUAUCAGACAAAGAAUUUGAAAAACAAAGAAGUACUGAAUCUAAAGAUGCCCUUAUUGAAUUGUUGGAUCAAAUUAUAAAUAGUACAACAAUGUCUAAUAAAGAAAAGAGCAAACGUAUAAAAUUAUUUCAAAAAAUGUAUCCUGAUGUUUAUGAGAAAAGAUCUAUACUCCUACAGCAACAUAAAAAACGGAAUCCAGUAUUAAAUGAAAUUAAAAUUAAAAAUCUUCGAAUUUAAUUAAGAAAUUAAAUCAAUUAAAUAUUACUUAUUAUUAUUAAA